AUGCAGGUGUGGAGAGGGUGGGCAUGCUCGCCAGGCGUCGAGACGGCCGACAAAGAGGACCCAGAGAGCGAGCUCCCCGCGCACGUGGGGUGCCUCUUGUUUGUCGUCCACGGCAUCGGGCAGUACCACAGGUCCGAGAGGGGCACCAGGCACGGCGAGUCGGUCACGAAGUUCCACGAGGACGUCGGGCGGGUGAGGGACAUCGCGGUGCGGCACCUCCGCAAGCGCAUGCAGGAGGGGGCUGCGAUUCAAGGCCGCUUCGAGUUUCUGCCGCUGGAGUGGUUUGAGCCAAUCCAUGUCGACGUCGGCAUUGGUCGUGCCCUCGAGAACGUGACGCUCCCUUCGGUGCCCGUCCUGAGGGAUUUCGCCAACUUCGCCAUCGCCGACAUGAUGGUGUACCAGGACGACGCCUGGAGGGAGCGAAUCCACCUCGAGCUGCGGCGGAAGAUGGACCGGCUGUUCGCCCUCUUCCGCGCGAGGACGCCGAGCUACUCGGGCGAGGUGGCGAUCGUGGGGCACUCGCUCGGCUCCGUGGUCAUGUUUGACCUCCUCCAAAAGGCGUUACCUGGGCUCGGCAGGGGGCUGCUGCUCGACGAAGGCGUGGCGGAGGCGCCCGCGGCGCCAGCGCCUGCGUCGGAGGCUGAGGGCGAGCCUAAGCAGGAGCAGCGCGCGCACGUGGCUGGACGGGCCGACGUGGCCGCUCAUGUGAAGGGUCUGACUGCUCCGGAGGAAAUGUUCGUCAAAGGAAUGCUCGAGUUCAAGGAUGGCCAGAAGGCGCAGGCGAAGGCUCUUGAGGGCCACACGACUCUCGUAGCCCAGCUCAGUGCACAAUUCUCCGAGUUGGGUCUUCUCAUGGUCCUGCUCCGCCUGAAGCCGCUCAGAGAUCAGGCCACCAAUGUGCAGUUCAGUGUCCUCGGUCGGAUCAGGGAGCUUCUCGAACCUCACAUCGGCCUCGAGCGUGGAGCGCCGGACUGCCGGCGGUGGCCAGGCAGCCAGGCGCGCGAGCGCGUGCGGGCCGCCCAGUCGCCCAGCCCCAUCGCGCAGCGCGCGGCGCUAGCCCGCGCUUGCCCUGCCGCCGUGCACUUCGAGCGCGAGCGCGCCAGCCGCUCGCGGGCUGGGCCAGCGGCGAGCGCGCGGGCAGCGGCCGAGGCGCACGGCCGCAUUUCGGAAGCGCAGCGGGCCGCGCGGCUGGAGGCCAUGCGCGCGACGGCCCUCGCGGGCGGGGCGCCGGCAUAUUUCGGCACGUGGCGCAGCGCCCUGCGCAAUUACUAUGCGUUCGCCGGCAAGAUUUUCCGCGCGGGUUGCCGGCGCUCGGGCGCGUUCUUCGAUCACAUGGAGCUCGAGGGCGACGCCAUGCUGGAGGCGCUGCAGGCAGGAGCGCGGGGCAGCGCCCGCCGGGCCGGCCGCGGCAGGAUAAUCGACUGGAAGGCCGAGGGGGCAGCAGCCAUCGGCACUACAGCCCAGUCGCUCGAGGUGGAGUUCGCUGCCUUCCGGACCGACAUGUCCGAGGAGAGCUUGUGGACGAGAAUGGUGAAGCGCCGGACGUACACACAGGCGCAGAUCGACUUCUUGGCUGUGUCUGCUGCUAUUUCUGGCAGCGCGCGGGUGUACAAGGGGGUGCCGUACAUCAUUCUAUGCGAUUUUUGGAAUCAUUUCUGCGAGAGGUAUUGCGGAGCCAGCGUGAAACGGGUUCUCGCGUUGCCGGCCUGCGCGGGGGCGCCCGCGGCCAUGCCGGAGUUCGGGCUGAAGUUGCAGGGGGAGUGCAGCCGGGACUGGAAGCCGUACUACCUGCAGUACAACCGGCUGAAAGGAUGGAUCGAGGAGAUGGAGGCGAACAAUUCCCAGGAGGCAUACACAAUGUUCUUUCAGGAGCUCGAGACGAACCUGAAGAGGGUGGACGCGUUCUACUGCGCGCAGGAGGGCAUCGUUCGGGAGGCGAUCGUCGAGUACACCAAACUUUGCGGGGGCGGAGAGGCCAAGGCGAGCGAGGCGGAGCAGCGGAGAAUACUUGAGCUGUCCGGGAAACUCCAGUGCUUCGCAGAGAUGAACGCGGAGGGUUUUCGAAAGAUCACCAAGAAGUUCGACAAGCGGGUCGGCUCCUCCCAUGAGCUCCCCGAGUUCAAGGACGGUCUCCAGAAGCGCAUGUUGAAGGUCCUGGGGAGCUACCACUUCCGCGACGCAGGCCAGCGCCUGGCGACCAUCGGCGAGGGACUCCGGCACGCGGCGGACGGGCUCGACGACCCAGAGUCCGUUUCCGAGCUCGGGGGCCGCCUGGACUUCAGGAAGAUGCCAUCGGAGCUGGGCGUCCCGCUUCUGCCCCUGAAGCAGGGGAACGAGGUGGGCGAGCAUGCCAAGCGGGUUCAUGAAGCGCUGUCGUAUUGGUGGGAGAAUGUCGGUCUCGCGCCCAUAGUCUUCUCGAUCGUCGUGCCCUGCAUGGCCCAGUGCGACGUGAACCCGAAGCUCACGAGUCAGAGCUACCUCGUCAUCUGGGUGACGGCGAACGUGCUGAUGCUGCUGGUGAGGCAGUCGCCUCCAGACACGGUGCUGAUGUCCGCGACGUUGCUCCUCACCAUCUCCGGCGUGCUCACGACCAAGGAGGCGUGGGCCGCUUUCUCGAACUCGGUCGUGUUGUCGGUGGCUGGCCUGGGCGUUAUCGCCUCGGCGGUCGGGGAGACGGGCAUCAUCAAUCUGGUCUUUUCCGCGCUGCUCGGGAGGCCCAAGAGCGUCUACGUGGCAAUGCUGCGGCUGAUGCUCCCCGCCGUGGUGCUGAACCUGGGGAUCUCGAACACCUGCGUCAUGUCUUGCUUGCUUCCCGUGAUCGACAGCUGGGCGAGCGAGACAGGGACCGUUAGAGCGCUGCCCGCGGAGAAGAUCACGGUCGUGGAUGGUGUCGAGGGGCGCGGGUGCGCGUACGCCCACGACCCACAGGAGAUACGCCACAAACCCGACCUGACGAACACCAGCAUGUGUAGGACCUUCGCCAGGGAGGGCCGGUGCACGGACACGGCCUGCCGGUACGCCCACAGCGAGGUGCAGUUGCGGGCGACGAACGGGUUCUUCAAGAUGAAGAUGUGCGGGUUCUGGUACAACUGCAAGAACGGCCAGAACUGCCGCUUCGCGCACUCCCCCGAGGAGCUGCGCGAGGCGCAGCAGCAGCCGCAGGAGGCGCUGCAGCGGCGGCGGCAGCCGCAGGGCGCCGCGCCGGGCGCCCCGCCUUGCGACCAGCGCCUGGGGGGCAUCGUGGAGGACCAGACGCAGGCGUUGCCAGGGGCGCCCGGCGCGGAGGAAGAAGGCGGCUGCGGCGGGCCCUCGUCGAGCACCGCCAGGCCGCCGCGCCGCAGCCGCACCAUGUGGAGCGACGUUCAGGACUCCAGUGGGAGCGCCGACCAGGACGGCUCUCAGGCCUCGAGCGGCAGCUGCCCUCGCGCCCAGAGCUCGAACGCCGUGUACCACGGGCAGGACGGCAGCGACUCCUCCCAGGGCUCCGUGGAAGGUGGUUCGCAGGAGGGCCCGCGCAGCGACCACACCAGCAACCACUCCGGCACCACCCUCUUCACUGGCGAGUCGGGGAUGAGCGGUGCUGCAGGCGAGUCCAAGGGCAGCCCCAGCGGCCUCAGCAACAGCGGCGACAGCGCCGACGUCACGACCGGGGCUUCGAGCCGCGAGCCGGUGAUAAAAAAUCGGUACAAGAAGCGGGACGCCGACAAGAAGCACGACGCGGAGCAGGCCGGCUUCAGCUUGUUGUCCGACGGCACGAGCACUUUGCACAUCGCCAACGUCCCCACCUACUUCACGCAGGGGUCGCUGCUGGCCAUGCUCGAGGAACUCACGUGGCCGCCGUCGUCGUCUGCGACACCACCUGCCCACCCAGGACCUGACUCCAGCGAUGCGGGGCAACUUCGAUUUCUUCCAUUGCCCCUGGCAGCAGGAGUCAAUGAAGAACGCCGGCCAUGUGACGAUCAACUUCACGGGUCCGAUCCACGCCCUGACGUUCCAGAUGGCGUGGUCCAACAAGGA